UGGCGCAUUGAGAGUUCAUUAGUUGAAAAACCGCCAAACUGAGCUGAGCUGUGAGUAAAAAGCAAUUUGGGAGUCGGCAACAACAAUACAGAAGUUCCUGGAAGAAUUAAAAAAAAAAACGAAAAAAGAGGAGGCCACACUACCAAUUAUAUAUUUUGCAAAUACUGAGAUAAACAACGCAAAAGCAAAAUUGUUUUUGUGCGAUUUCUGUAAUUUAACAUUUAAAAAGGCAUCAAAGCACAAAGUGCCAGCAAUAAAAAACAGACUUUAAAUUUGUUAAACAAAAACCAAAGCAAAAAAGUACUAUUUCAACAUGAAAGUGGACACUGCUAGCUUGGAAGUCAUUUCGCCGAAAGUGCAAAUCAGCGACAAUUACAUCGAAACCGAUUAUGAGUAUCAGACAUCGCAUGUCAGACACACCGCAAAUGGCAAAAUUCAGGUUCAUCCUGAGACGACUACACUCAAGAUACGCACCGAUCGUCAUGUGCCCAAACUGGGUCUGAUGCUUGUUGGCUGGGGUGGCAAUAAUGGUUCCACACUGACCGCUGCUUUAGAGGCUAACCGUCGUCAUUUGCAAUGGCGCAAACGUACUGGCGUACAAAAAGCAAAUUGGUUUGGUUCCAUUACGCAAGCAUCGACUGUACUAAUUGGCGCCGAUGAGGAAGGCAAGGAUGUGUAUGUGCCCAUGAAAGAUCUCGUGCCGAUGGUUAAUCCCGAUGACAUUGUCGUCGAUGGUUGGGAUAUUAGCGCAUUGAAUCUGGGCGAUGCUAUGCGGCGCGCACAAGUUUUAGACAUUGAAUUGCAGGAUCAAUUGUACAAGGAUUUGACGGUACUCAAGCCGCGACCAUCCAUUUACGAUCCCGACUUCAUUGCGGCCAAUCAAGAAGAUCGUGCUGAUAAUCUUAUCAAGGGUACUAAAUACGAGCAGUACGAGCAAUUGCGUCACGAUAUACGUGAUUUCAAGCAGAAUUCUGGCGUGGAUAAAGUGAUCGUAUUGUGGACUGCAAAUACGGAACGAUUCUGUGAUGUGAAAGAGGGUUUGAAUACCACUAAAGAGGAAUUAGAGGCAUCGCUGAAGGCGAAUAAGGCAGAGAUAUCGCCAUCGACAAUUUUUGCAAUGGCUAGCAUUGAUGAGGGUUGCACUUACAUCAAUGGCUCGCCACAAAAUACUUUUGUACCUGGUCUUAUCGAACUGGCUGAGCACAAGGGUGUAUUUAUAGCUGGCGAUGAUUUCAAGUCAGGUCAAACCAAGAUAAAGUCGGUGCUGGUUGACUUCUUGAUGGGUGCGGGCAUUAAGCCUGUUUCCAUUGUGAGCUAUAAUCACUUGGGCAACAAUGAUGGCAAGAAUUUGUCAGCGCCGGAGCAGUUCCGUUCAAAGGAGAUUUCCAAGAGCAACGUCGUCGACGACAUGGUCGAGUCGAAUAAAGUACUCUACAAACCCAACGAGCAUCCCGAUCAUGUGGUGGUCAUCAAGUAUGUACCCUAUGUGGGUGACAGCAAGCGCGCCAUGGAUGAAUACACUUCAGAAAUCAUGAUGGGCGGCCAUAAUACGCUCGUCCUACACAAUACCUGCGAAGAUUCGCUGCUCGCCUCACCGCUCAUUCUCGACUUGGUCAUAUUGGGUGAACUGUGCUCACGCAUACAGCUCAAGAGCAGUCAACGCACCGACGCUCCAUGGGUCUCCUUCAGCCCAGUGCUCUCGCUGCUCAGCUACUUAUGCAAGGCACCGUUAGUGCCGCGUGGCGCACAAGUGGUGAAUUCACUCUUCCGCCAGCGUUCGGCUAUUGAGAAUAUUCUGCGCGGUUGCAUUGGUCUACCACCCAUCUCGCAUAUGAUGCUGGAGCAACGUUUCGAUUUUGCAUCGAUCACCAAUGAGCCGCCCACAAAGAAAUUGAAGAGUGCUGCCAAUAGCUGCGCUAUUGAAUUGAAUGGCAAGGGUGUCAAUGGUCAAGUCGCAAAGGCAGUGGCGGCAAAUGGCCAUUAUGCCAAUGGAGAUGCAAAUGGUCAGCACCAUUAAUCAUAGUUGGUAUGCUGUAGCGCUAAGGGCAGGAAGGCAUCAACUGAAGGCUGAUAACGAUUGAAGUAUGGUAGUUGUUAGGCAGGCAUUAAGUGACUACUUGUAUGUACUCUCUAUCUAUCUAGUAAAAAUUUUACGUACCAGUGUGCAUCAUUCCACAUGAAUUAUUAUUAUUUUUUUGUUCAGCGUUUGUAAAAAGGGGCAUCAAACUUACCACCCUCCCCACCAUCCUCUGUUUGUGCUAUUUUAAAUAGGCGCACUUUUAUAGAAAUCUAUAGUUUAGUAUUUUGUAGUUUAUAGCUCUCGAAAAAAAAACAGAUAAACCUAUGUACUUGUAAAGUUAUAAACAUGUAUAUUCUAUGAAAUAAUAGUUAUUAAACAAGCAGUUCUAUGGAAAGAAAUUUAUAAAAAAUCUUAAGUUUUUAGACUAGGUUCAAAUUUUGUUGUGGAAUAUUUUAUAGCAGACUUUUGCAAAAAGUACCUAACUAAAUAUAAUCAGGGCUAUUACUGAAUCGUUCGUUAGAUCUACGAAAAUAUGACCACUGAAUCCGAAUAGCUACGAGCGUGUGUAUUCAAAGUUUAUUCUAUGUUCGUAGCUAUUUAUGUUCGUAGCUAUUCGAAUGCAGUUAUAUUAUUUUCGAAGUUUUAACGAAAAAUCAUACUGCGACGGUUUCAGUGAUAGCCCUGAAUAUUUUAAUGAAAAAUACCUACAAUGUAAAUAAUCUUAAUAUUAAUAAAAGAAAAUAUUAGAAAACCCUUUUGAAAAGUUCUUAUGUUGAAAGUACAUAUAUUUGGCAUAUUCUUUUUGUAAAAUUUCCAAAUUUUGAUAAACAAGGCCUCUAUAGAAACAUAAUUUUGUAAAUUUGUAAAACGUUGGGAAAAAAUUUUCAAGUUUUGUAAUCACAACAAAAGAAUUCAGUUAUAACAAGAAGAUAAGUAUGUAGAGAGCGUGUUAGACGGGGCAAUAUUUCCAUCUGUAGUGAAAAAUUACUUUUUAAAUUGAAAAUAAAGUUAAUUAUAACUAAGCGAAAUAACAAAGAACCGGUAACGCGGGUCACGGUUGCAUUUUAGUUACCAGAAAGAUUGCAAGAAAUUUAUUCGCUGUGUGCUUUCUGAAAUUUGUUCUGCAAUUCGUUUUUCAGAAAUAAAAAAUCAAUUUCGAAAGCGUGACUGCUCAUGCAACUGCUUUUAGGAAUUCGAUUUUUAAAUUUAGCAGUCUUUUCGAAAUACUUUACAUUGCCACGUCUAACAGCCGUUUAUGUAUAUUAAAAAUAAUAGCAGUUUUCCUUAUGCAUUUCUGUACAUAUAUGUAUAUAUCUUUAUAUGUAAGCCUUUGUAUAUUGGUAGCUUACGAGUGAAAAUUUGCUAAGUCCAUUUUUGCAAAUUUUACAGGAGAGGAAAAAACUCUUGUUGCCAUUUUUUCAAAUAUUUUUCAAAACUUCGAAGACAAUAUUUUUAGUGUUAGUUUAGCAAAGCAAAACUCCGCACGAAUGAGAGGGAUUCGAUGUUUAUUAAAAGAUUUCGUAUUGUUUUGGUCUUGUCGAACUUUCUGUGUUGUCUCUUUUGGAUUUAGCAAAUUUGCCUUUCUUUGCAUAAAAACGGGAAGAAAUAAAACUAAUACUUUAAUCCUUUUGAAGA